UUCCUCCUACUUCAUGAACACAUUAUUAUUAUUUCUUCUUCUGUUAUGAUCUUCUUCUUCUUCUUCGUCUUCAACAUUUCAUCGCUCAGAAAUCUUCAGUUUCAGAGAAAACUGCCGCCAGGGCCAAGAGGAUGGCCUCUUGUGGGUUGACUUCCAUUAAUGGGGGAUAUGCCUCAUGUUACCCUCACAAAAAUGGCUAACAAAUAUGGACCCAUCAUGUACCUUAAGAUGGGAACUAGAAAAAUGGUCGUGGCUUCAAAUCCCGCUGCGGCGCGAGCCUUUCUCAAAGAUGCCGGCCAUAACUUUGCGAACCGGCCGUCCAACGCCGGCGCCACCCAUGUGGCUUAUAAUUCUCAGGAUGUGGUAUUUGCUAAGUAUGGACCUAAGUGGAGGCUCAUGAGAAAGCUCUGUAAUCUUCACUUGCUUGGUGGAAAGGCUAUUGAGAACUGGGCACAGGUGCGAGCCGAAGAACUGGACCAAACGGUUCAGGCAAUGCACCGGUCGAGUCUUGUGGGGGAACCGGUGGUGGUGCCGGAGAUGCUAACAUACGCCAUAGGGAACAUGUUAGGGCAAGUGAUCCUGAGCCGUCGCCUGUUCGAUACGAAGGGGAGGGAAUCCAACGAAUUCAAGGACAUGGUGGUGGAGCUGAUGACCACCGGCGGCUAUUUUAACGUCGGCGACUUCAUCCCCUUUCUGGGCUGGCUCGACCUUCAGGGCAUUGAGCGAGGCAUGAAACGCCUGCACAAGAGGUUCGACGCCUUGCUGACAAGGAUGAUCAAUGAACACGUGGCGUCCAAUGAUAGGCGCAAGAGUAAACCUGAUUUCUUAGACGCUAUCAUGGCUUAUCUUGGAGGCGAUCACUCUGAUGCAGACCAUAACUUUACACUCACCAACAUUAAGGCUCUUCUUCUGAACCUAUUCGCAGCAGGCACAGACACAUCCUCAAGCGUCAUAGAAUGGGCACUUGCAGAGAUGCUAAAAAACCCUAGUAUCAUGAACAAAGCACAACAAGAAAUGGACCAAAUCAUCGGCCAUGAACGUCGUCUCCAAGAAUCUGACGUCUCAAACCUCCCUUACCUCCGAGCAAUCUGCAACGAGACCUUCCGGCUACAUCCUUCCACCCCUCUCAACCUCCCCAGGGUGGCGGCCGAGCCGUGUGAAAUCGCCGGCUACUUCAUCCCGAAGGACACGAGGCUGAGUGUCAACAUAUGGGCCAUAGGACGAGAUCCUGACGUGUGGGAGAAGCCAUUGGAGUUCAAGCCAGAGAGAUUUGUGAGUGAUGAGAAGAACAAGAAAAUGGAUCCUAGUGGGAAUGACUUUGAGUUGAUUCCUUUUGGAGCUGGAAGGAGGAUAUGUGCAGGGACGAGAUUAGGGAUUUUGAUGGUUCAAUUCAUAUUGGGGACUUUGGUGCAUUCGUUUGAUUGGAAGCUUCCAGAAGGAGUUUCGGAGCUGAAUAUGGAAGAGACCUUUGGACUUGCCUUGCAGAAGAAAGUUCCUCUCACAGCUAUGGUUAGCCCUAGGUUGUCCCCUAGGGUUUAUACUUUAUAGCAUUGCCUCAAGUUAGACGCUGACAUGGAGUUCUGGAUGGAUUCAAGGUGUCUGCUGUCUUCUCUUCGGCCUUUAUAAUGCCCAAAAUCUCAUCCGAUGUCUUCAUCAUUUGAAGGAAUUAGAUGAAAUUUCUUUCAUCAUUGGCCCUAAUGAACGGCUAAGAUUUUAGAUAUUAGAGAGGGCAUUAGACUUCUCAAAUCCAUUCAAGACAGCGUCUUUAGAAGAAAGCAGUGGAGAAGUAGUAUUAAGCAUACACAUAUAAAUUAUUGUAGAAUUAUAAUAAAGGAUAUUAUUUUAUGCUGCGUCUAGAGGUGGGAUCAAAUCCACCAUUAGACAUUAGCCCAGAGUUCUGGAUGGAUUUGGAAUGUUAGUUGUCCUCUUCCCUGUCUCCUUUAAUGUCCAAAAUCUCAGUCCUUCAUUUAAAGAAAUUAGAAGAAAUUUCUUUGACCAUUGAAAUGAACGGCUGAGAUUUUGGAUAUUAAGGAGGACAUUAGACACCCCAAAUCCACUUUAUGACAGGAAGAAAUAAAUGGAAAUAAAUAAAUUAAUUUAGAAUUAUAGUAAAGGAUAUUAUUUUAAUUAGUUUAAUUUGUAAUGUGUAGCAUUUCUUUCUUGUCAUUCUCAGAGACAAAAGCAAAGACUUAACACCAUGCUUGCUCUGCUCUUCGAGCUAAGACUCAUUCAGUAAGUGAGCUAAGAAUGAGUUUCGAGUGAAGUUGCUACAGGAAGAGAAAAAUCUCAGAUAACUGUAGUAGCACUACACAACAAUUA